AUGCAAGCCGCUGAUGUUGAAUUGGAAUUCAGAAAGAAUGCAAUUUCCUUCCUGUUCUUUCCAGAUAAGAUUAGACAUUCCCUUGAAUUGUGUGGAAGUGAAGCAUCCAAGCUGGGUCCUAUCAGGCGUGGAGAUUCUGAUACCAUGUCACACAAUAGUGACGAGGCUCUGCUCAUUCCUCGAUCAGACUCUUUCUGGGAACCAGGGAAUUAUAAGCGAACAACCAAACGUAUUGAGGAUGGGCAUAAUCUAUGCCUGGAGCUGAUCAGCCUUCUCCAAGACAGGGCUGAGAUAGAGAAGUCCUAUGCCAAGAGCCUGAAGAGCUGGUCCAGGAAAUGGAAUGAUAAAAUUGAAAAAGGACCAGAGUAUGGAACAAUGGAAGCUUCAUGGAAGGGGCUCCUGGCUGAGGCUGAUCGCCUCUGUGAAGUUCAUAUGCGAGUGCAGGAUAAUCUCUGCAUUGAUGUUUGUUCCAAGAUCAAGGACUGGCAGAAGGACAACUACCACAAGUCCAUGAUGCAGCUGAAGGAGAAGAAGGACAUGGAUGAUCAGUUUAAGAAAGCCCAAAAACCUUGGGCAAAGCUCCUGGCAAAAGUCAACAAGGCCAAGUCAGACUAUCACACUGCAUGCAAAAAUGAGAAGAGUGCCAUCAAUCAAGAGAGAAAUGCCAGCGGAGACUCUUCUCUUUCUGUUGAUCAGAUGAAGAAGCUGCAAGAGAGAGUUUCAAAGGCAAAGGAAGAUGUGCAAAAGACAAAAGAGCGCUAUGAAAUAGCACUCAAAGAGAUCAAUGAAAACAACCCAAUGUAUAUGGAGAAUAUGACUGUGGUAUUCAACAAAUGUCAGGACAUGGAGUCAGAAAGGCUCCGUUUCUUCAAGGAAAUGCUCUUUUCUGUUCAGAAAGGCCUCAACAUAUCAGUGGACCCUGAAUUGCCCCAGAUUUAUGAGGAACUGCAUCAUACAAUCAGCAAUGCUGAUGAUGAGAAGGAUCUCCGGUGGUGGUCCAAUAACCAUGGAGUCAACAUGGCCAUGCAGUGGCCUCAGUUUGAAGACCCAGCAGAGGAAUUCAGGGACAUAGCUCGCAAGACCACCAAGGGAGGCCACAUUCCAUCAGGAAACAUCACUCUCCUUAAUCAGCGCAGUGUGGGCGAGGAAUUCCCUGAGCAACCAAAAUCAAAGUCUACAAAGAACCAGAGCAAACAAGCAUCAAGGGGAAUGAGAGAACCAGACCGUGUGAAUGAUGAACGCAUGGAUAACAAGAGGAACUCUGCCAUGUCUUCGAAUGGAAAAGAAAACAAUCCUUUUGAGGAGGAGGAAUGGGAUGAAGACCCAAGUGAUGCUCUUGUGGAUCAUGGAGAACCAGGUGUAGCAGUCAGAGCAUUGUAUGAUUAUGAUGGCAUGGAGUCAGAUGAGCUUUCCUUCAAAGCUGGUGAGGAGUUUGAGAAGUUGGAGGAUGAAGAUGAACAAGGUUGGUGCAAAGGCAGGAAGGAUGGUCGUGUGGGGCUUUACCCAGCCAAUUAUGUGGAGAUGGUUCGAUGAACGAUCUUAUCAUUAUGGUGGAUGCAAAAAUGCCCAAGGAGACAUAAGAACUACCUGGCAGACAGUGUGCUCACAUUGAGUUGCUACAUUCUCUCUUUCUCUCUCCCUCCCUCCCUUACUCUCCCUCUCUUCCCCCCUCCCCCUCUACCCCUUCUCUCCCCUGUUAACUGUGUUCUGAACUAGUUACAUCCUCUUCACAAGCAUCCAGUCCCAUUUGUGUACAUCAUCCUACACUUGUGACUUGUCCAUGUUUAAGCUAGCUAGGCUGCACUAUACUUCUGAAUGUAUUCAGAGAUAUUUUCUAGAGAGACAUACCCAUUGUGCCAUGGUGCUGCUGGCUUGGAUAUUACAGAAGCCCCAAUCCCUUCCAAGGGAGUGAUUAGUAUAUGCACAGUGCACAGUGAAAAUGUCAUUCUGUUUGUACAUAAGAGAGCAGUUGUCUGUGCAGAAAAUAUGAUGUUGAUUUAUGAUUGAUUUUACCAUUAAGUGCAAAGAUGAUUGUUGGUUCUUCAGAGUACGAAAACAAAGAAGUAUGGGGACUCUAGACAGGCUCUAGGUCCACCUGUUUGAACCCCUGGUCUCUCCCUAGGAGGUGCUGGCUGGAAUAUCUUUUUUCUUGUGCCCCCAACAGUGCAAGUGAUAUAUAGGGAUACAGGAAAGCUUUGGUUUUUUUGCUCAAUUUUUUUUUUCCCUGCAGUAAAAGUGAGGGAAGAAAGUAAGCCAUUCUGAGAGUUGAGGGCAUUAGGUGAGAAUGAGAUCAAUGCUGUUAUCCCUCCGUGAAGUGUCUUAUUUUAUGUUUUCUCCAUUCCCAUUCAAACGUUAGCCAAUCUUGACAGUAUUUCAAAGGCUGCCAUUAGCCAUGAAAUUUAUGCUUCAUGAGUAAGAGUCCUCGUGGAUUGGAAGAAGUGUGAACAUUAUCUUCCUUUGGCCCUAUUCUCUUGCCAGUAUUGCUGCAGUUAUUUUUUCUCAUUUUCAACAAUCAGAACAGAAUAUUCAGCUAGAUCUCAGCUGAUACAUUUCUACAUUCAGAAUCAUAUUGUCAUUUCUUUUCUAUAAUAUUUCAAUCGAUCCACUCUUAUUUAAACUUUUAGCUGUAUUUUUUUUUAAAACAAAGGCAAUUUGAGUUGAAAUACUAACAAUAGUGGAAUAAGAGCUUACCCAGUAGGGAGGCAUUUUUGAUCAAUCCCACUGUACUGUUUUAAAUUUAUUUUUUCAGUAGUGUUUCUGUACUCACUUCUGAAUACCUGUGACACUUGGAGAAUUGGAACUUGCAUCAUAGUGUCCAUGAUUUCUUUUCCAGGCUUUUUUUUGUUUCAAAUAAGUACAAAAAAAAUUAAUUUGGAGAUUUGGCCGAAGUAUAGUUGAAAAUAAAUUAUGGAUGGAAUGGGUUGUCAUAU